UUUAACGGUCCAAUUUGCAAAACUGAUUAUUGUAUGAUCUGAAAAAGCGAAUCCAAUGUUUUUUAAAAAUAAAAUCCAAAAAGAAACUAGCCGUUACAAAAACCAGGAGCGUCUAAAGCUCAACGUGUACUUCUUUUCCCCCUCUUUCCCUCUUCCAUUCAUGAAUUCAAUAACAAGAAAACCCUAACCAAUCACCAAUAACCCCAGUUCCGAUCAACUUUUCGGCGACAAUUAUACUAUUUCCGGCCACUUUGAUGGAUUCCAACUGCAAAUCCACUAGGCUUACGCCGAAGAAAUGCUCCAAGAAUUCCGAAAACUUGAAUCCCAAUGUCGAAAACAGUCCAGUUUUGUCAAAAUCUUGUAAAUCACUUACGAAAUCGGCGACGAAGACGCAAAAGUCAGUUUCAAGAAACUCUAAUGCGAUUCAAUUGGCUUCACCUUCGCCGAAAAAUAAGAUUCGUCAGAGGAAGUUUGUGAUCGCGAAGAAGAAGAAGAAGUCGAAUGGAGAUGAUGUGAAUGUGUCCAUGGUUUGUAAGUGUAAUAAGGAUGGCGUUGAGAAGAAGAAGUGCCUUUGUGUUGCUUAUGAGACUCUUCGGGCUUCUCAAGAAGAGUUUUUCAAGAAUCGCGGUGGAAAUGAUCAUGAUGAUAAUGAAUUAGAGAAGUUGGAUCGCGAUGACCAGGAGGUAACAAUUCCUGUAUCAAUUUCCGAGGGGGAGAAGUUAAAGGAAGGCAUGGGUUUGGGUGGAAUGAGUGUUGUGGGGAAUGUAAAGAGGGGAAGGGAGAGAUUGUUGGAAGAAGUAAGGCAAAGUGUACCUGACCUUGGUUCUGGAAAAGUGCUGAAUUUGGUAAAGGCUUUUGAGAAUCUUCUUUCGAUACCCAAAACAAAUGAGUGUGAGGAGGAAGGUGAAACUGAUGAAAAGGAAAAAGAAGGGGCAUUGCCUGGCUUACAGUCUCACAAGAUUCCUGAGACACACGUAUCUUCUUCUUCGUUUUGUCCACCCGAUUUUUUCAUCACCUCCGAGAGUUUAGGCUUGGAUUCGCGUCGUGCCUCCUCAUUGGAUGGCAGCCAUGAUGGAUGCUUUAGUAUUUCAAGCAGGACUUCUUCAGGUGGUGGUCGGAGGAGCAGACGUGAUAGUGCUGAAUCCUCAGGCACAUUUACUAGAAGAAGCUGGAAGAGAAGGCAGCUCAAAGCAACAUCCCAAAAGCCCUUCAAACUUAGAACCGAGGAAAGGGGAAAAGGUAAGGAGGAAGAAUUUAUUAAGAAAGUGCAACAAAUGGUGGAGGAAGAGGAGAAACAGAGGAUACCGAUUGCACAAGGCCUUCCAUGGACAACGGACGAGCCAGAGUGUUUGUCAAAGCCUUUGGUAAAAGAGAUCACGAUACCAGUUGAUCUGGUGCUGCACAGUGACGUUAGGGCUGUUGAACGUUCUGAGUUUGACCAUCAAGUAGCAGAAAAACUGAGCUAUAUUGAACAAUACAAAAUGGAAAGAGAGAGACUACAGAAGAUGGCUGAGGAAGAAGAAAUUAGGAGGCUGAGAAAGGAACUUGUUCCAAAAGCUCAACCAAUGCCCUACUUUGACAGGCCUUUCGUCCCUAGAAGGUCAUCCAAAAAUCCCACUAUGCCAAGAGAGCCGAAGUUCCACUUACCUCAAAACAAGAAGAUCAAGUCCUGCAUGUCUUUGAAUGAUAUGUACAUACACAACAAGAUUGAAUGCGGCGGGUGCAGCGAUGACCUGUGAGGGUGAGGCAGUCUGCAUUUUCACCAAUUCAUAUUCUUUUAUUCAACGGUGUAUAUGAAGCAUUAGUUUUUCUUAAUCAUCGUCUCUAUGUUGAUAGAGGAAAAAGAAACAGUGAUAUGGCACAAUAAUAUGCCAUCUCUAUUGGCACAAUCUGUGUACUUCCGUGAUUAUGUUUUUGAAUGAGAACAUUUUGAUUGGUCCA